UGGUUCCAUUGCAGGGAAAGUAUUGAGUUGCAGACGCGGUUUCUACAGCAGCGACUAGUCGGGCACCGAUUGGCAAACUCUCAGGUUGUACGGCAAAUCGGGUUCCUUUGAAUAGUAGGUAGUACCCAGAGUGUUGGUACCUUUUGCCAUUUUUCUGCCAGAUUCGUCAAAUUUGAUUUGAACGAGUUCGAUUUGGAUGCUUUGGAUUGGUGCAGUGGCUGAGUUUGAGGAGUUUCUCUGAGGUUUGCAGAUUCUACCCAUGGAACUAAACAUGGCUGCGUUGCUGAACUUGGUAGUGGAUAAUUACCAUGAACUAUUGGAGACGACCAAACAUCCCAUAGUCGAUUCAUGGCUCUUCAUGCAGUCGCCGAUGCCCGUCUUUACCAUUCUAGUCCUCUACCUGUGGUUUGUCUUGAGCUUGGGGCCCAACUACAUGAAAAACCGAAAACCUUUUGAACUGAAAAAUGCCAUGAUUUUCUACAACCUCUACCAGGUGCUCUUCAGCGUGUGGUUGUGCUCGCAUGCUCUCAAUGUAGAAGACGUGAUUCCGCAUUUUUUCAAUCACACCUGCAAGAAUCCGUCACCCGACAAGGACUUUCAGGAAUUGCUCUCCAGAGGCGCCUGGUGGUACUUCUUCUCAAAAAUCACCGAACUGCUAGACACCGUCUUUUUCGUGCUGAGAAAGAAGGACUCGCAAAUAUCAUUCCUGCACGUUUACCACCAUUCCAUCACCAUGGUCGGCUCCUGGGCUUACCUUAAGUAUCUGCCAGGUGAGCAAGGCGUGUUUAUUGGCUUCUUGAACUCUUUGGUACAUGUUGUGAUGUACUUUUAUUACUUCCUGUCCGCAUUGGGGCCAAGAUACCAAAAAUACCUUUGGUGGAAAAAGUACAUGACGUGGAUGCAAUUGACUCAAUUUGGAAUUAUGUUGCUCUAUUUGGCUUUCAUCGUCGUGAUGGACUGUAAGCUACCAAGAGCGCUGACUUACUUCUUCGUGGCCAAUGUGAUGAUCUUCAUCUACCUGUUCAGCGAUUAUUACCGGAAGGCUUACUACGCAAACCCGAAAAGACUGCUGAAAAAUUCCCAGACCACAGGAAAUGGUGUCUGCCAGCACAAGAAUGGCUUAGUGGUCAAUGGAACAUUCAUCGAAAACGCCCACAUUGAUGAUGGCGUAAAGAAGAGGCCUGUUAAUUCGAAAUCUGCAAAUCAAUGUGAUAGUGGAUUUGCGCUUCCAAGCGACAUCAACGAUAAGAAAAAGGGUUAGGGAUAUCGGCCUAAGGGAAAGGCCUGGGACAUUUUGUGUGUGAUUCAGUUUGAAUAUCAGCUACCCGUGUAAUUAUAGGAACUAGACGGUUUUAAAAAAUCGAUUUCUAUGGGUGUUUUCAUUAUUUGAUUUAGAUUAGUCGUCAGUGAUGAAUUAGGGCGGUUUUUUUCGAGUAGAGUUGGUGGAAAAAUGAAGAUUUUAGUCGUUGAUACUGCAAUCUUCAUAGCUUCUGAAGUGCGAUAGUUCACCGACGAAUUAAACGCGAUUUUUCCACUGAUUUUCUCAAUAAAUUGUGCGAGAUAUUGAAGUCACUCGCAUGGAGAGAGUCAGCAGUAUUUUGCAUUAAAUUCCAAAAAAAAACCAAAUCAAUUGUGGCCGCUUUGGGUUUGUUUUUUAUAUUAAUUAUCACUGACGAGUCAGUUUCAAAGGUGUAAAUAAAAGGACGGUAGAUUUGAUGACAAUUUUCGAAACCUGCUAUAUAGUUUGUAACUGAAUUGUGUAGGGUAAUAUAAUUUUUUAAUAUGA